GGGCAAAAAUAGGGAGGAAGGACAAAGGAAAGAGCGAUGCCUACAUUAAAUCAAUUGAUUCGUCAUGGUAGAGAAGAAAAACGGCGCACGGACCGUACUCGAGCUUCGGAUCAAUGUCCCCAGAAGCAAGGAGUACGCCCGCGUGUUUCAACGAGAACACCGAAAAAACCAAAUUCAGCUCCACGUAAGAUAGCCAAAGUACGAUUGAGCAAUCGACAUGAUAUAUUUGCUCACAUUCCGGGCGAAGGUCAUAAUUCGCAGGAACAUUCUAUGGUGUUAAUAAGAGGAGGUAGAGUGAAAGAUUUGCCAGGUGUGAAAUCCCAUUGUAUUCGAGGAGUCAAGGAUUUGCUGGGAAUUCCGGAUCGAAGAAGAGGCAGAUCAAAAUAUGGUGCAGAAAAACCCAAAUCGAUAUGAAUGGAGGAUGCCUCUGGAACUUCUUUUUCUCGGU